AUGCACGACGAGUCGGAUUUUCGGCAGUGCCUGCUCGAGGCACGUCGGCUGAUGGGCGGCCAGGAACCAGAGAAGCUCACCCGCUAUCAGCAGGGCCAGUUUGCCGACCGUUUAGGCAACUACAUGAGUGGCAUCGCCAGCGAUAAACUGCGCCGUGCACACGCAGAGGAACAGUCGACGAAGCGCUACAUGCAGGACGGCACCCCGACAGGGGAGAAUUACUGGUUCGAGGCGAGCAACACGCUUUCCUCGCCGGCCGUGCCCGGAUUUGUGAAGGACGAUAUUUUGAAGGAUAUGCAGCGCGAGCGCACCGCGAAGAGCCCAGCGUUUGUGCAGCCGGCUGAGGAGGAGCAACUCACGGCCAAUGACGACGACUACGCGGCACACGUCCGACGGCAGCGCCACAAGCUUCUGCGCGACACCGAUUGA